CACCGGCCCCGGCGGGACCCUGCGGCCUACCGCUCUGUCGCCAUGGCGACGGCACGCCGGAAGUGGCUCUACCGCCAAAUCCCUCCGCACCCGGUUGAUCCACUUCCGGUCCGUCCCCAGUUAGGUCCGGCCGUCCCCCCGUGACCCCGCGGGUGGUUCCGGGGCGGGCGGAGUCCGCGGCCAUGGCGGCGCCGGGGCCGAGCGGGAGCAGCUGCCGGCUGGAGUUCGCGGUGCAGAUGCAGUGCCAGGGCUGCGCAGACGCCGUGCGGUCGGCGCUGCGGGAAGCCCCAGACGUGCGGCUGCUGGAGCUGCGGCUGGAGGCGCAGACGGUGCUGGUGGAGACGACGGCGGCGGCCGAGCGGGUGCGGGAGCUGCUGGAGAAGUCGGGGCGCCGGGCGGUGCUGAAGGGGAUGGGGGGCUCUGAUGACGGUAAGCGGGAUUUGGGGCUGUCGGGGAGGGGGGACACGUGCGCGGGAUUUGGGGUGCCGACACGUCUCCCCGCAGCGAACCUGGGGGCGGCGGUGGCGGCGCUUUCCGGCCCCGGUGCGGUGCGGGGCCUGGUGCGGUUCCUGCAGGUCUCGCCGACGCGGUGCCUGGUGGACGGCGCCGUCGAUGGGCUCCCGCCGGGUCCCCACGGGAUCCACGUCCACGAAUUCGGGGACCUCUCGCGCCCCUGCGACAGCUGCGGGGGCCACUUCAACCCCGACGGCGAGUGCCACGGGGGACCCCAGGACCAGCACCGGCACGUCGGGGACCUGGGGAACAUCUGGGCUGAUGCUGAAGGCAAAGCCAGCUUCCGCAUGGAGGACUCGCGCCUGAAGGUCUGGGACAUCAUCGGGCGCUCAGUGGUGGUGGAUGCAGGCGAGGACGACCUGGGCCGGGGCUCCCACCCGCUGUCCCGGGUGACGGGGAACUCGGGGCCGGGGCUGGCCUGCGGCGUGGUGGCCCGCGCAGCCGGGCUCUUCCAGAACCCCAAGCGGGUCUGCUCCUGCGACGGCGUGACCCUGUGGGAGGAGAGGGACCGGACCACGGCAGCCCCCGGCCCCACGGCGGCGCCCGGCCCCGCGGCAGCUUCCAGCCCCACGGCAGCCCCGGCCCCCCACCUCUAGGAGCCGCCCCCGGGACAGCAAUAAACGAUAACUCGCUCUGCA